AAUGUUUUGUUUUAAGAUUAAUGUUAGUUUUUUAUAACGCCAAUUUUUCAAAAAUACGAGUUCUAAACUUGAUAUUUAUAAUAUCUUUGUUUGUAAAUUAUUGUAACUCAUUUUUGUACAGUAAGAAUGGAAAGAUAUCACACCUACCCCUUACACAUCAGUUUAAAAGUAGAAAUAAUCUACCGAAAUUUAAAUGUAGUCCAGAUUCCACAAAUUACGUAGAUAAAAGACCAUACGCUUAUUCAGAAAAUGUUAUUGGACUAUUGUCUACCCCUGAAAAGAGAAUUGAGAUAAUAAGGUCGCUUUAUGAUUCAAUUUCUAAGGGAAAGUCGAGAUUUUCAAGUUUAUUAUACGUAACAAAUUCACAUGAAGAUUUGGUAAAUGUUCAUAACGUAAUUUCCAACGAUUUGAACAAUGAUUCAGGCAUUUUCAAUGGAAUUAACAUAAUUUUCAAUGAGUCUGUAAAAUUGUAUAAAAACUUCACAAUUACACUUUCAGACUAUUCGGCAUUGUCUGAGUGUUUAACUAAUUUUGGAGGUAUAGAUUUGCGAAAGAAAGCUCUGACUCUGAACUGUGAUUUGGUAAGAGGACGUCGUAUAAAUUCUUUUAAAAGUAUUUUAAAGAAGGUUUUAGAAUCUUACUUUACUAAUCUGGAUCCCUUUACAAAUAUCUUCUCCGAUAAGAAUCUCAGGAUCCAUUUAGACGACGAUUUCCUAGUUCCCGCAAAUGAAUUCAUUGAUUCUAAUUUCAAAACUGUAGAACAAUUCGUCGACCUUUUCAAUCUUCGAAAUACUGGUGAAAAUUUAUUGGAGCAUACAGAUAAACCAAGGGGAAAGUCGGAAAUUCAGAUGAAUGAUGAGAAAUUAGUGAUAUUUAAUAAUUUUGGUGUAAAUUAUGAUAUGAAAAAUUCUAAAGUAAAUUGUUCAUUGUACGAUGAUUUAAUAUUAAGACUGGGACCAAAUUGCACAUUUAUUGGCCUAUCAAGCUCUAUAUAUAAUGUAAAUAACGUUGCUAACUGGUUAAACGCUCUAUCAAAACCAACUAAGGUCAUCACAUUAUCAAAGGUACCAACCUUCAAUCUACUAACAAAAUACGGACAUCUUAAUCCUUUCGAUACCAGCACCAAGAAUAUCGCCAAUAAUGCUAUUAUUGACCCUGUUAACACUAAUACUAACACUGAUGAUUCAGUUGAUACUAAUAAUUCAGUUGGUGCUAGUCAAACAGGUGAUGGAGUUGAGAAUGUGGUCGAUCCGAAAAAAAUGUAUGAUAUGUUUAAGAAGAAGAAUAAUAAGACAAAAUUAACUAGUUUGAACCCAUCCCUGGAUGAAUUAGUGAUUCGUUCAAUAAUUGAAGCCUUGGAAACUAGAGGAAUUACGACAUACAACCAAUUAGUAACCGUUGUUCCCUCAGCGCGUAGGUUUUUUAGGCAAUAUUUGAGGAUUCUACGACGAUCUCCGGCUUACUUAGAUUCUAAAAACCGACUUUACAACCUUUUGAAACUAAUUGUAAAUGUUAGGGAGAAUAAGUAUUUCUCCAAAUUUAUUAAAAAUUUCCAUUUGUACCCUUUGGUUAAUGUUUUACAUGACCCUUCACCACCCAUAUUAUUUGAGUAUAUUAAGCAAAGGGGGCUAUAUCCAACUGUAGUAUACUGUUUUAAUGAUAUGGAAAGGAUUUCAAGACUGUUUUACGGCUAUCUUAAUAGUCUGGCCGGUGAAGAUAUUGGAGGAAAUCCCCAAAAUGAAGUUAACUCUGAUGGGAGUAGCUUUGAACCUUUUAACGACAUUAUUUUAAGUAGUGAGAAAAUCGAAGGAGCAAAACAUUAUAUAUUUCUUGAUAAACUGGAGAUGCAGGAAUGGAAACUAUUUACACCAUCAAAUGAGUUUUUAUAUACACUAACUGCUGGAUCUGAUCUGGUAACAUUUACCGUUCAUUUUCACACUCUUUUCCAUACCAUUAAAUCACUUAUCUCACCCAUCUAUUUCAAUUAUUCACAUUUCAACAAUGCUAACAACCGUUCUUCAUCUCUUACCACCCCUAAUACCACUCGCCCUGUUGUUACUCAUAAAGCAACUGAAACCUCUAAUACUCAUAAUACCACUCACCCUGUUGUUACUCACAACGCCACGGAUACUGGUAAAAUUAGUAAUGUGGCGUAUAAUGGAGAAUUUGGAAGCUAUUUAAAAGAGUGUAAAGAGAAGUAUGAGAGGAUGUUUCCAGAUUAUUUCGCACUGAAAGAGUUAAUUGAUAGUUCAGAAAAUAGGUUAAAAGCAAUGAACGUCGACACAUUCAAACUGAUGCAAAUCAACUCAAGGUUAACGAAAAGCAGAGAGUUUUUUGAAACUAUGUCAAACUCUUUGCUAUCAAAAUUAUCAUUUAGAGGAUAUUCAGUGUACAUAUUGAUUAAGUCCCUUCGAAAUAAAAUUUCUAUAAUUCAAGGAGCUGAUAAUCAACAAUAUUCAACCGUCCCAAAAAGUUCGUAUUUAGUAAAUAACUUUGCAAGGAAUGAAUUAAUGGGUUUUUACCCAAACGGACGGGGUAAUGUAUUACUAAAAAAUGUCAAAACUGGAAACUAUAUCAUAACUACUUUCUUAUUUUUAAAGGACGUCAUGUCCAUUAGGGAGCAAACCUCAGAAGAUUCAGUCAACGUAUAUGACAUAUUAAAGGACUUGGCAAAUGUAAAAACUAGGAAAAUAAAAGUUGACAAUGAUUUGAGGAAAUAUAUUAAUGCAGAAAAUAUGGUAAUAAGUGUAGUUAGUAAAGAUUACGUAAGAAUACGAAAAUUGUCGCUACUUCUGCCAGCAUUCUUGAAAAAUCUUAUUGAUGAACAUAUAACCAGUUAUAAUGAAAGUUUUAACUCACUAAUGGACUUAAUUAACAACAAUCGGAACACUGUUAAUGGUGUUACGAGCGUUAAUAGUACUCUUAGCAGUGAUGAGAUGGAAAAUAAUGUUAAUAAUGAUGAUGAGAUGGAAAAUAUUAUUAAUAAUGAUGAUGAGAUGGAAAAUAAUGUGAUAAAUGACGGCGUAAUGAAGUUGGUAGAUGAAUAUCUAAAUUUGAGGAAAAGGUAUAAAAGAAGAAAUUUAGAAGAUGUAAUUAAGAAUUAUCAAUUUAAAAAUGCCUUCUACGGGAGAUCAUAAUCUUUUAUUUCUACA